AAAUGACGUCUUAAUCACAAUAAUAAUAACAGCUAACCGUACAAAACUCUGCUGAGCUGCUGUCUCAUGAUUCCUGCAACCUCUUUCUCUCUCUUCAUACAUCUAUAUCUUUCUUUCUAUCUAUCCUUUAGGGUUUAUCCUUACUAAUCUAAUCUCUCAUUAAUUUACUUCACUUCAACUUUCUAUUUAUAUAUUUAUUUACCAAUUAUAUUCAAUUAUACAAAUUAUCAAAUUAUAAAUGGGAAGAAUAUUCGUGAUUGAGCUUGAAGGCAGAACUUACAAAUGCAAAUUCUGUAAAACCCAUCUUGCUUUUGCCGACGACCUUGUUUCCCGGGUAUUUUUUCUUCAAGCUCGUACUUUUCACUGUCGCAGAGGGAAAGCAUAUCUGUUCAAAAAUACGGUAAAUAUUAUCCUUGGAGCUUCAGAGGAAAGAUUGAUGCUUUCUGGGAUGCAUACUGUUGCAGAUAUAUUUUGCUGCUGCUGUGGACAGAUCGUUGGAUGGAAAUAUGAAGCAGCUCGUGAGAAAAGCCAGAAAUACAAAGAAGGGAAAUUUGUCCUCGAAAGAGGCAGGAUUAUUGAUGGAUUCGACACUGACGUCUCUGAGUUCUACAUUGAUGCUCGUUUGAUGAGUGAUGCUGAGGAUGUUUAGAUAUGUUCCAUAUCCCACAUGUAAGAUGUGCUCUAUGUUGUGAGUGGAAAACAUGUUUUAGCAUCUACGUUUGUAUGAAUAGAUUCGGUAAACCAUACCUGUAUAUAUGAGCAUGACAAUUCCUGCUGGGUGUAAUCACUGAGUUCUGUGGUUGGCAUGAAUUUUAAUCCCCGUGUUUUCUGAUUGAUUUAA